AACUCUUCUGUUCAUUUUUUCCUAUUGGCACACACUGUUUUUAACACCAAUUAUUUCACCAUGAAGGGGUUAAAGCAGAGCACUCAAACUCAAGUAGUAUUCAUGCUUUGCAUUCUUAGUUUGCUUGUACUCCCAAAUUUAGUGGCAUCUGAGUGUACAUGUGAUAAAUCAGAAGAAACACAUGACAAAGCAAAGGCACUAAGGUUUAAGAUAGUAGCUCUUGUUUCUAUUCUCAUGGCGAGUACAAUUGGUGUUUGUAUUCCGCUUCUUGGUAAAAUCAUACCUGCCAUAAGUCCAGAGAAGGACAUCUUCUUCUUAAUUAAGGCCUUUGCGGCUGGUGUUAUACUGGCCACUGGUUUCAUUCAUGUGUUGCCGGAUGCAUUUGAAAAUCUAACCUCGCCUUGUUUGAGCGAUCAUCCUUGGGGAGAUUUUCCUUUCACUGGAUUUGUGGCCAUGUGCACUAGCAUGGGAACUCUCAUGGUGGAUGCUUAUGCCACUGCUUAUUUUCAGAAAUCACAUCUUCAGAAAGCACAAGUGGCCGUUACAGAUGUAGAGAAAGAAGAGGAGCAUGUUGAGAAGAAUGACGUGGAUCUUCACACCCAUGUGACACAUGGUCAUGCACAUGGUCACGUUUCUAGUAAUAAGUCUUCAGAACUCUUUCGUCAUCGCGUCAUAUCGCAGGUAUUGGAGUUGGGAAUUGUUGUUCAUUCGGUGGUGAUAGGAAUUACUUUGGGAGCGUCAAUGAAUUCAGAAACAAUAAGACCUCUUGUUGCUGCGUUGACUUUUCAUCAGUUCUUUGAAGGCAUGGGACUUGGAAGUUGCAUCACUCAGAGGCUGUGGCGGCAUCGGCAUGAGAUUGCGGCGGUGUCGGCACGGACUGCUGUGGGACAGUGGCGCGAGGUGAAGCUACGGUGGCGUCGUCACGGGCUGCGAAAUUUUUCUGCGUUUGAACAGGGUGAUGAGAAACAACGGCGUUCUACUGCGUCUGAACGGCUGUCUUCGACGACAAUGUCAAGUUGUGGUGGGGUACUGGAGAGGACUAUGUGAACUAUGCCGCGGACAUAUAUAAAAAAUGAGAUUAUGAUGGGAUUGAAACUGAAAGUAAUCAUACGUAGUAUGAAUGUAUUUAUGUGUUAAUUCUAAUUUUUUAAAUUUUAAAAUCUGUUAAUAAUGAUUUAAUUAAUUAAGAAUAUAAAUUUUAAUUUUAAAUUUAUCUUUUUUUUUAAUUGUUGUUCACCUAUCUAUACUUUUUGUUUAAAUUAACAUGGCUUAUAAAA